AUGAAUCGAAUAUUCUCCUGGUUCUAUAAUAAAAAUAAUUCAUCAUCAUUAACAGUACCUCGUCGGGAUUUUAUUGAAUCAUUAAUUGUUCAUAAACAGAUCAAAGAAUUUUCAUCAUGUUUAUGCAAAAAAGAUGAUCGAAUAUUAUGCAUCGAUGGAUUUUUUCGAUUAUUACCAACAAUACUUGAUGAAAAGUAUAUGUCGAAUUUAUUUGAACUAAUUUGUAAGAAAUCACGAUUAACAUCUAAUGAAUUAUCAACAAUAAUUAUCAAUAAACUUUCACGUACGAUUCUUGAUAAAAAUUUCGAUUUAUGUGAAAAAAUUCUACAUUUACCAAUUCAGUCUUUAAAAAUCUCUUUACCUACUUAUGAACUUGUUCAAUUGAUUCAUACAUGUUCAAAUACAAAUCAAUUAAUUAAAUGUUUAUCAAUUUUAAUUGAAAAAAAUCUUCCCUAUGAUUCCGAAUAUCUGUCAUGGAUAUUAAUAAUUAUUUUUGAACAUUAUACUAUUGGUGAUGAAAUAAUUAUUGAAUAUUUAUUAAAUGUAAAAAAAAAUAUUAAUUUAUUAUUUACAUGUUAUGGAAAUAAUAAUAUUACACCAUUAAUGCUUUUCUUUCAUUUAUAUUCAAAUAAUAAGUGUCAAAUACUUAUUGAUAAUUAUUUAUCGAAUAUUAAUGAUCAAUCGAUAUUACUUCAAUGUGACAAAUGGAAUCGUUCAUAUUUAAUGCAUUUAUUAUGUGGUCAAUGUCAACAUGAAUUUAUGGGAAAUUCAUUCGAAAUGUUACCUGAUGGAAUUUUAGAUAUAAAUGAGAAACUUAUUAAUCAAUGUCCACAUGCUUCAAUUGUUCUUUCAAAGUUCUCAAUGCUUUAUAAGUUAGGCAAUAAAUGUGAUACACCAAUUAAAAUGAUUUUAACAUCACAAUAUUGUCUUUCACUUCGAAUUGUUUUAUUUAAUUUCUUAUUAGAAAAUGAUUCAUCAAUUGAACUUAAAUUUGAUGAGUUUUUUCAACACUUUCCUCCACUUUUCAUACGAAUUUAUUCGAAUUAUCUCAAACGAUUAGUUCAUAAUCAUAAUUUAAAUUCUAUUCUUACUUCUGUAUUGUUUAAUCAAAGAAAUAAUGAUCUAUCUAUUGAAUAUACAAUUGAAUUUCUUUUAAAACAAGGUGCUCGUAUAGAUAAUAUGAGUGGUAUUAAUUCUAUUAUUACUAAUCUACUUUCAAAUAGUCGUUCAAUGAUUCCAUUUAUGUUACUUGAUUAUUCGCUGUAUAUUGAUAUACCUUUUCAGACUUGGGCCAGUCAACAGAGUCCAAGAAUGAAUUUCUAUAUAUGCCGUCUUAUUCAAUGUGGUUAUCCUAGUGAAUUUCGAACAAAAUUUGAAGAAUUUAAGUCUUGUCUAUCUGAACAAACAGUGAAAUUAAUAAAAAGAUUUAUUGAUUUGAAAACUCGAUCACUUUUAUAG